AUGCGCCUCCCACGCAGCAGCACAUCCGUGCUCCUCGCCGCAUCAUGUCUCGUCGACGUCGUCGCGAGCACCGGCAGCACGGCGCUAGGCCAGCUCGCACUCGACAAGCUCCUGCAGGACGCCCGCGACGUAUUCGGCAGCAGCAGUAAUUUAUCUUUAAAGAAGCUCAACUACGGCCACGGCCACGGCUACGCAUACAACAAGUACGCGCGCUGGAUGGCCGGCAUACCGGACGACACACCGCUCACGCAGCUCACGAUCCCCGGGACCCACGACGCCGCGACGUGGAACUACACGCAGGGUGUGCAGGACGCCCUCGUCUCGUCCACGCGGGACUGCGAGUCCUUCGUCGCGCCGCGGGCCGCGCGCGCGUAUCGAUGCCAGACGCAGUCCAUCCUCGCGAGCCUGGAGUCCGGGAUCCGGUUCUUCGACCUGCGGUUCGCGCUCGACGGCGCGGACUCGAAGCUCGUGUUCUGGCACGGCCCCGCGCUGCUCUCUGCGCGCGCGGGCGUGGACGACGUGCUGUUUGGGUUCUACAGCUGGUUGGAUGACCAUCCCGGGGAAUUCGUGCUGUUGAGCUUCCAGUAUGAGGCUGGCACGAGGGUCAAUGCUACUAGCGAUGAGCGCGUGCAGAGAUUGAUGUUCGAGGCGCUUACGGAUGAGGGCGCCGAGCGGUAUGUGGAUCGGAGACGGGGGGCGCUGGGGACGUUGGGGGAGGUUAGGGGGAAGAUUGUGCUAUUCCGACGCUUCGACCUAGACAAACUCCCGCCGGAAUACGAGGCCGCCAUGCCAGGCCUGCAUAUGUCCCCCGGAAAGUGGACCGAUAACUCCCGCGGUUUCGAGCUCGUCUAUAACGAGACGACUACUAGCACUACGGAUACCGGCACGGCCUUCAUCGAAGACUUUUACCAUCCGGACAACGCCACCUCGAUAGCGGAGAACAUCGACGCCAAGUUCGACGCCGUGGACAAGCACCUCCGGCAGGCGGCCGCGCGGGAACAGGGGCGGGAUAGCCUCUUCGUGACGUUCACCUCCGGCACCCACGUCGAGGUCGACCCGCCCGUGUAUCCCGAGACCAUGGCCCUCGGGUUGAAGACGUUGCUGCGGGAAUUGAAGGAGGAGAGGCUGGGCGUUGUUGUUAUGGAUUUCUUUGAGGACCCGGAGGGUUUGAUUGAUCUUCUUCUUGAUUUCUAA